AUGAGCGACCGAAGUAGCUCUCCAAUGGAUACGAUAGACGACUGGGAGGAACUGACGUGUGAAGGGCUCGCCCGUCGCGGCUUCAAGCCCGCACCCCGCGUCUCGAUACACGCCAAAGACCUGCAAGCGCAUAUCGCGGACUAUCCGAUCUCCGGGAUACCUCUCGUCAUUGAAGGCUUGCAUGAACAUCGAGCGUUUGUAAAGAAAAUGUUCAAUGCGGACUGGUACAUGAAACACGGCCAGCAAGAGCUGGAGGUCCGAGACGUUGAUGCCCGCACCGAUCGGAAAAUAUCCACGGCAGACUUCAUCAAGCGCUGUCGUGCGCUCAGCAAUGGCGACACCGGUUUACAAACUUUAUACGCUAAAGACGCCCAAUGUCCGGAUGAAUGGUAUCAGUGGGCAACCCAAAGGGGCGCGAUACCAUCAGAUCUCGCUCCGUCUGGCACCGAUGAUGCGUUCCAGUAUAUGCCCCAAGAGAUUCGACCAGAAACCAUCAUGUGUUAUCUGGGUACAGGUGGAACAUACACGCCUUGCCACAAGGAUCUGUGUGCGUCGUCCGGUCAGAACUUGAUGGUCUUUACGGAGGACGACGGAUCUUCUUUCUGGCUCAUGACGAAGAGCAGUGAUGCUUACCAGGUCGCGACAUACUUUCGCCGGGAGCUCAAGCAACUCAUCGACUGGGAGAACCAUACGAUUACGCUCGACGAACUUCAGAAAGCACCGUUUGACGUCUAUUAUGUCCAACAAAGGCUCGGUGACUUCGUCCUUGUCCCUCCUCGGAGUUGUCAUCAGGUCGUCAAUCAGGGCGGCCUCUCUAUCAAGCUAGCAUGGUCACGUAUGACAGUGAAAGGGCUUGAGACCGCGCUCUUUCAUGAAGUACCUCUGUAUCGAAGGGUGUGUAGGAAGGAGACGUACUGCGUAAAGAGUAUGAUCUGGCACGCCGUUCGCGUAGCGACCGAGCGUGUGGAGGCCGAACCCACGGAUCGGAAAAAGCAAAGACAGAGCUCGUCAGCAGGCGAUCUCCCGAAGCUCGCGGAGCUGCUACGCGCCGUGCUCGUCGAGGAAUUUCAUCCCGAACAAGACGGAUUUACCAAAUUCGCGGAUGACGAGAGUCAAGCCGACUCGUUCUCUUGCGACUACUGCCAGUGCGACAUCUUUGUGUCGUUCUUCGAAUGCCGUGCAUGUCCCGGGAACGCGUCUUCUACAGAGAACGGGGCGGUGUCUGAUGAGGACGUGCAUAUGUGUCCGGGCUGCGUGGCAGAAGGCCGCUCCUGCGCUUGUGCCAGGCCCAUGACGCCUGUUCAACGCUUCCCGUACAGCCAGGUCAGAGAGGGGUACAACCGUGCGGUCCGUGCCCUCCGAACGGCGACGGAAGGCGACGAGUGGCGGGAAUUAACUCCUUCAGAAGAACCCUGCACGGCCGUGAACCGUGAGAUUGGACUGUUCAAGGGGGCGGUGGCGCUCACGAGGCAGGCACGCGGGCGCCAACCAAAGGAAACAAUACGCUGUUACGGUAACUACGCUCGAACGGAGCAACACAUUGUGAAACGAUCACACGCCAUCUCAUGCAAAGGCUGCCAUUUCGCCCUCUGCUACGAACACUGGGCCACAGUAGGCAUCCACUCAUCUGAGAUCGCCCUCGUGCGCCAGCUUGAUACGAAGGACGGGAAGCUAUGGCACAGUCGCCAUCGCAUGCUCAAGCAAGCCUGGGAAGGGGAAAGACGCACUGUGGCCGAGGCAGACGCCGAAGGGGCUGCUCUGCCACCGCCCCUUGUUUCCGGUAGAUUGGCGGAAUUUUGUAUCGAAUUUCCUUAUUCGCGGCCUAAUCCGGGCGUCCGGAUCGGCUUCUACGAUCUUGAAUAG